GGAACUCAUCUCAACAAUGCUCAAAUAAAUUUGUAGUCUCUAAGGUGCCACAAGUACUCCUGUUCUUUUUAGAAAGUUUAGUUUGCUUUAGAUCUGAUUUUUGAUUUGCAUAUUCAUGGAAGCACAAUUUUAUCUAUACAGUGUUAUAGGCAGUUUAUGAUUUUGACCAAUAACUUGCAGGACAGGGGUCUUCUGUAGUUUUGGAUGGACCUUCUUGUAUUUAAAUAUAUAUUUUAAUAAAAGCAAGAAUAGGUUUGUUCUAUUAUUGUAAGCUGUUUUGAGACAGGGAAUUAGUAAAGUAAACUUUUGGCUUUUUCUAAUUUUCUUUCCAUUUAAUGUCUUGAAUUCAGAAACUUCUCUUUUGGGGCAAGAGGAACUUGUUUAACACUAACAACAAUAAUUUAUCCAAGUUAAAAGGGAUUGUUUGGGCUUAAGAAUUUCUCGGCCUCCUCCCUUUCCUCUCCCCACCUCUCUCCAAGCUGGCUCUUCCCUGCGGUGUCUUUUCCCUCCAAGCCCAUAUGACUCAGGUGUGGGGGUGCUGCACAGGUCCUGUCGUCCCAGAGCUGUGGUGCUGAAUGUGAGAAAGAUAAUGAAGAGGUACUAGCAGGACACCAGAACAUUCUUGGAAAAGUUUGAAUUUCAGAGUAGUGUCCCAAGUGAUCCAGGUGUCUCUCAAAGGCCAGAAGAGCCCACAGGAUCUUGUCAAGGAAAAGAAAGAAAUAUUCCUGGCAUCGCCAACUCUAGAGCCGAGAUGGAAAAAAAAGCAGAUGACGUCACCAUAAGGAGAGAGAAAUGAUCUUCAGACGGACAGGCUGGGAAGGAAGAGAGAUUAUUAUUAUUCUUUCAGAUUGGGAGGCAACAGAUGCUAAGACCACCCGUGAUACACUAGCUGAAGGUUUUGUGGAGAUAACAUUACCAUGUAUUUUUGAGCUUUUGGUAGACAUGAAGGAACAGAGAUGUGCUGCUAAAAUUGGAGCAACAGGACAUCCUGUCUGAAAGCAACAGCAUGUUUCUCUUCCCAGACCUGAGUGUUAUUAGAAAGGAUUUGAAGGAGGAACAACAGAUGUUCUUGUAAGUGUUAAUGGGACAGUAUCUGCCAUAGUCCAUGUGCAGGAGGAAACACAUUUUGGGGAGCGCUCUCCAGAUCCAAGCACUACAGGAGAAAACAAGGCCUACACAAUGUGGAACUAGAAGAGAUAUAGAAUGGGAGUGGUGGGAACAACCAGCUGGCCAGCCAGACACCCACGGAGAGAAAUGGGGAAAAAAAUGGAAGUUUCCAGCCCUCCUGCUUGCAGAGAGAAAUCUGAAACCAUGAGCUGAGCACAGAAAUGAGAAAGAGCACGGACAGGCUCAGAAAUGAAGUGAAGAAAAAGCACCCAUUUUAAAAAAUGGUUUGAAGGAUUGAACUACUGCAGAACAGGGACCCGUUGGGUAGGCAAAGUGUUUCCAGCACUUGUACUCCCUUGGGUUCAACCAUGAUUCACAGCCUCUUCCUGAUUAACUCCUCAGGGGAUAUUUUUCUGGAGAAGCACUGGAAAAGUGUUGUCAGCCGCUCUGUUUGUGACUACUUUUUUGAAGCACAGGAGAGGGCUACAGAGGCAGAAAAUGUACCUCCUGUGAUCCCCACACCUCAUCACUACCUUCUGAAUGUUUAUCGUCAUAAGAUUUUUUUUGUGGCAGUGAUUCAGACAGAAGUGCCACCCCUCUUUGUCAUUGAAUUCUUACAUCGGGUUGUGGACACUUUCCAGGAUUAUUUUGGUGUCUGCUCGGAAGUUGUAAUCAAGGACAAUGUGGUGGUGGUUUAUGAGGUGCUGGAGGAGAUGCUGGACAAUGGAUUCCCAUUGGCUACUGAGUCCAAUAUCCUGAAGGAGCUGAUAAAACCCCCCACCAUAUUGCGAACUGUUGUCAACACCAUUACAGGAAGCACCAAUGUAGGUGACCAGCUCCCUACUGGACAACUAUCAGUGGUGCCAUGGCGACGGACCGGUGUGAAAUACACCAAUAAUGAGGCAUAUUUUGAUGUAAUUGAGGAGAUAGAUGCAAUCAUUGACAAAUCAGGUUCCACAAUUACAGCUGAAAUCCAAGGGGUGAUUGAUGCUUGUGUUAAAUUGACUGGAAUGCCAGACCUCACCCUCUCUUUCAUGAACCCCCGGUUACUGGAUGAUGUCAGCUUCCAUCCAUGUGUCCGUUUCAAGCGCUGGGAAUCAGAGCGGAUCCUCUCUUUCAUCCCACCAGAUGGAAAUUUCCGAUUGCUCUCCUAUCAUGUCAGCGCUCAGAACUUGGUGGCAAUUCCUGUCUAUGUUAAACACAACAUCAGUUUCCGUGACAGCAGCUCAUUGGGACGCUUUGAGAUCACUGUGGGACCCAAACAGACUAUGGGAAAGACUGUAGAGGGGGUGAUGGUCACCAGCCAGAUGCCAAAAGGGGUCUUGAACAUGAGCCUCACCCCCUCACAGGGAAUGCACACCUUUGAUCCAGUUACAAAGUUGCUCUCAUGGGAUGUAGGGAAAAUAAACCCCCAGAAGCUGCCGAAUCUGAAGGGGACUAUGAGCCUUCAAGCUGGCACAUCCAAACCCGAUGAGAAUCCCACCAUCAACCUUCAGUUUAAAAUUCAGCAGCUGGCUAUCUCUGGGCUGAAGGUGAAUCGCCUGGACAUGUAUGGGGAGAAGUACAAACCGUUCAAGGGCAUUAAAUACAUGACCAAGGCUGGCAAGUUCCAAGUCCGAACUUAGAGAGCCCAAGAGUGAGGUCCUGUGUCCUGGUAUCUGUAUGAUGUUCCUGGCAGUAUUACCUGAUUCCACUCCCUGCCUUGUUCUGCUGCUGUGCUGGUAGACUCUAGUCUCUGUCAUUCCUCUGGGGCCAUCUGUCCUACGAGAGACUAUGCCGCAUUUGUUCCCAUUCCAGCCUGUGCUGCAUCUCACUGCACAGAGUAAAGUAUACAUGGACGGUGUGUAUAUAGCUCCAGGUUGCCCAUCAUGUGCUCUUUGGCCACUGAAAGCCAUAUGUGCUCUUGCGGAGCAACAGAACUUACCUGUGGACUACUGUGUAUAUGACUACAUAACCUGGAAAGCUUCCUUGGCUGUGCAGUCAAGCACACAUAACCUGUGUGUGUGUGUGUGUGACCAAGAGGAGUGACACCUGCUGUGGGAUAACCUACAUUCUGCUCUGAUCUGUGUGUGAUGGAUGUUUGUAAUGGGUGAGUGGUACCUCAUUUUCGAAUUACAGAAUCCUGUGCAACUAAUAUGAAUGCUACUGCAAGGUGGCCUAGGAUCUGAGCAUGCUGAGUGCAAAUGUAACAGUUGUACCAGGGUAUCAAUAAAGGUCAAUUUUACCU